AUGGACACACAGAGGCUGGAGGAGGCGGCCGUGCGGAUCCAGGCAUGGUGGCGCGGCAGCGAGGUGCGCCGGACGCUGCUGCACGAGGCGCUCCGGGCCUGGGCCAUCCAGUGCUGGUGGCGGCAGGUGCAGGCCAAGAUGCUGGAGCAGCGGCGGCGCCUGGCGCUGAGGCUCUACACCUGCCAGGAGUGGGCGGUGGUGAAGGUGCAGGCCCAGGUGCGCAUGUGGCAGGCCCGCCGGCGCUUCCUGCAGGCCCGCCAGGCGGCCCGCGUCAUCCAGUCGCACUGGCGCUGGUACGCCAGCCAGACCCGGGGCCUGAUCCAGGGCUGCUAUGCGGUCAAGGCCCGGCGGCUGGAGCUGGACAUCGAAAUCCUCAUGGCCUAG